UUUGACCAGGUUGAUGAAUCGAUUGAUGGAAAAGACCACAGCCAAGCGCGAAAGAAGAUAUUUCAAGCAAUAAUACUGCCAGCUCCAGAAGCAUUGAAACAAAGUUUACGAGUCGUUCUGCCCGCAAAAUGUCAGCAUCUUAAGCCUCCUGGUCGGUUUCAGCUGACAAAAUACUUAGGGAUGAAAGUGAGCAAUUCCAUGGCAAUCAGUCAAGCCUCCUCCUUUGCCGAUCCCGAGGAGCUCCGUCGACGCCAAGCGCGCGCGGCUCGUUUCGGCCCCUCCCUGUCCACCUCGGUGCCCUCACCCUCCACUUCUACACACCCUGCGACGCUGAAGAAGAAAGAAUCUCGGAAAGGCCAAGUGCGGUACGGGCCAGUGGUGGGGACUUGUGUUGUGGUGGAGAAAGACUACACGCGGUCGGCGGACGAUUUCGACCCUGCCUUGGUGCGGCCGCCACCUGUACUGCAGGAGGCGCUGCGCUGCGUAAAAGCCCAUUGGGCAAAGCACGAGGACUAUGCACAUGCCUGCUCCCAGUUGAAAAGCAUCCGGCAGGAUUUACGGGUGCAGCACGUGGAGGACGCCUUCGCCGUCCACGUGAGG